UGCAGUUAAAUUGUGCAAGGAAAUCGGAGGCUUCCACUUCAUCCCUGUUGUGCACUGUUAAGAGAUAGUCGAGCGGUUCUUCGUCAACAGAAAAUGUUUGUGUGUUCAGAAGUCACGUUCAAAUGUCAUUUAGAAAAAGUCAGUGCGCCAAAGGGAUCUGCAUCAAAUCACCACAAGCCAAUUAAAACGUUUUUAAGGGCACAAUUUGAAUAUUUAAACACCGUUUUAGAUUUUAGUUUCAGGGAAUCUAAGGGCCUCUCCGAGUCAUCCCAUAGUUCAUACACAUUAGAGUUUAUGGGCUGUUAGUUUCAGUAGUUUCCUCUUCGGCCACACAGCGGUAGACUUCUGUCCAUAAUCAUGGACGCGUCGCGCUUUGUCGGACCUCUGCUCCCUGUGCGCGUCCCCGGCUGCGCUGCCUCUCCACAGUGCACAUUUCAGCCAGGAGCGAAACUGUGGUGCCCUGCGUUCUCCCCCACACAUGCAGGGAGAAAAUAGUGUAGAGGGGAGAAGAAAAGCUGGGGAAAAAAGUGGCGUCUUUAGUGCCCAACUUAACUUUCCGCCUCGGAGGUCACGGCGACUGACCCUAGAAGAAUGCGUGAGUCAUAAAUUAAAAUAGACCCGGAGUCCUAACACGGAUCCAUUGAGAGACAAUACCGGGAGAAACAGGACCGUGGCCCUGCACUGCGAGAGAGUUGAAUAUUUAUCCUGUGACGUUCAUGAAUUUUAAAGUCAUCCACAAGUGAGAAGAGGGUGCUGGAGCUGAAGUCUCUUAUUUCUAAUGAUGUCUUCCAUGCGCGCGACGCCUCCCUUUCACCCACCGUCUGAGGAAGCGGACGUGAUAGGUCAGGACAAUGCGGCCUGGGCCGGUGACGAGCGCGAGGGCCUGAAGGAGAUGGUGUCGCCCCCUUUGCAUGACCAACCCCACCCGGACGAACCGCAGCCAAUCAGAGAGAAACCGACAGAUGCUGAGUGGGAGAAUGUCGGCCCUGCUGUGAUGGACACUGAAGGCAGUAAAGGCUGCUCUCUCUACUCUUACCGGACUAACUCUACCUCUCCACCCAAGCCAGAGGAGUGUUCCAGGGAUCGCGGGGAGCCAAUGAUCGGCCUCGCCUUUGGGACGCCGGAGCGCCGCAAGGGAAGCCUGGCGGACGUGGUGGACACUCUGAAACAGAAGAAGCUUGUGGAGCUGACCAAGACAGAACAAGACGAACCAUCUUGCAUGGAGAGACUCCUCUCCAAGGACUGGAAGGAUCGUGUUGACCGCCUGAACGCCAACGAACUGCUCGGGGAGGUCAAAGGUACACCAGAGUCGCUUGAGGAGAAGGAGCACCAACUUUCCACCAUGAUUGGUCAGCUGAUCAGCCUGAGAGAGCAGCUUCUCGCUGCCCACGACGAGCAAAAAAAGAUGGCUGCCUCACAGCUGGAGAAGCAGAGACAACAGAUGGAGCUGGCCAGGCAGCAGCAGGAGCAGAUCGCCAGACAACAGCAGCAGCUCCUGCAGCAGCAGCACAAGAUCAACAUUCUCCAGCAACAGAUCCAGGUGCAGGGUCAUAUGUCUCCUCUGAUGAUCCCAGUGUUUCCCCACGACCAGCGGUCUCUGGCUGCUGCCGCUGCCGCACAGCAAGGCUUCCUCUUCCCGCCAGGCAUGUCCUACAAGCCAGGUGAGAAUUACCCAAUGCAGUUCAUUCCAUCUACAAUGGCAGCUGCAGCGGCGUCUGGACUCAGCCCCCUACAACUACAGCAGCUGUAUGCCGCCCAACUGGCAAGCAUGCAGAUCUCUCCAGGAGCCAAGAUGGCUCCCCUCCCGCAGGCUCCCAACUCCUCUGGUCCCCUUUCACCCUCCACCCUCAAGAGCGAGAAGCGAGCAUCCAGUCCUGUCACUCAGAUUAAGGAGGAAGGAUCCACACAGCCGCUGAAUCUCUCAGCUAGACCCAAGACAUCCGAGCCUCUUCGCUCCCCGACGUCCCCGACACAGAGCCUCUUCUCCGGAAACAAGACCAGCCCUACAGGCAUGGGCAAAGGCCGAAUCCCUAGCCCCAUCACCAGCAUGGGCAGGAACACCUCUCUGGACAUCCUGUCCAGCCUCAACUCCACGGCGCUGUUUGGGGACCAGGAUGCGGUGAUGAAGGCCAUCCAGGAGGCCCGGAGCAUGAGGGAGCAGAUCCAGAGGGAGCAGCUCCACCAGCAGCAGCAGCAGCCGGGACACCACGGACUGGAGGCCAAACUCUCCGCCCUCACCAACAUGAGCCUCAACAACGGCAACAAGGAGCGGCUCCACUAUGAGACGCUGAGCCAGCACCUGGGGAAGCUCGGGGAGGACGCUGGGAAAAUGGUCCAUCGAGUCAUCGACCUGACGAGACCAGAAGAUCUGGACGGGAGUAACGUCACCGAGGCGCGAGUGUUCAGGGAGGCACGUGGCAGGAACACCAGCGAACCCCACAUCAAGAGGCCCAUGAACGCCUUCAUGGUGUGGGCCAAGGACGAGAGGAGGAAGAUCCUGCAGACCUUCCCCGACAUGCACAACUCCAACAUCAGCAAGAUCCUUGGCUCUCGCUGGAAAUCCAUGACCAAUCAGGAGAAGCAGCCGUACUACGAGGAGCAGGCCCGCCUGAGCAAGAUCCACUUGGAGAAAUAUCCCAACUACAAGUACAAGCCGCGGCCCAAGAGGACCUGCAUCAUUGACGGCAAGAAGCUGCGCAUCGGAGAAUACAAGCAGAUGAUGCGUUCGCGGCGUCAGGAGAUGAGGCAGUUCUUUGUUGGGCCUCAGCCACCCAUGUCUCUGGGCAACAGCCCGGGAGGUGUAGGAGUUUAUCCUGGCGCCAUCACUAUGGCAACGACAGCCACGCCAUCCCCACACCUGACCUCAGACUGCUCCAGCAACUCAGCUAGCCCUGAACCAGCCAUCCCCGUCAUUCAGAGCACAUACGGGGUGAAGUCGGAGCCCGGCGGCGGCAGCAACGGUGGCGGGGUCGGCGCCUUGGAUCUGCCCAGCGACCCCACCAACGGAGACGACGACAUGGAUAUGUACGAGGACUUUGAGGACGAGCCCAAGUCAGACUAUAGUAGCGACCACGAGACGCGGGAGGCCGUCAGUGCCAACUGAGUGUGCUCAGGGCAUGAGAUAUAGAAAGAAAAGAAGAAAACAACUCCCAUUAUACUCAGAGAGACUUCUUAAAAACACAGUUUAUCACAGAGAGCUUCAGGCAGACUUGCAGAACGUGUUGCAUCAUGCACUGAGCAUGCCCCGAGAGGAUUUCUAAUCAGCAGAUAUGCUCCGAAAGUUCUCCAACAGUAUCUCGAUGGACGCCCAAUUUGAAGAAGAGGGCCGAUGGGGAAAAUGUGACCCAGGAACACAAUCCCACCGAUCAUUCAGACAUCCAGCUGACAGCGAACUUCAGUUUCCUAUCCUCUGACAAUCUUAACAGGAGUGUAUAAGAGUUAGACAAGGGAGAGAACGAGAGAAAAGGAGGCAAAACAAAUGAGCGACGAACACAUUGCUGUGUGGUUUAUAAAGAGCAUGCAUGGAUUUUGAAGCAUUAGGAAUUGGUCUUCAACAGCUAUUUGGUCUUAAAUGUUUAAGGAGUGAUUUAGUUUUUAUCAUUAUGUAUUACUUCUUGUGUUUUUUUUUUUCCUUUCUUGUUUUGUUUUUUGUUCUAUAGAUUUUUUUUCUGACACUGCCUGUAAAAACUCUGGACUGUCAGAACUUGAAAUUUGGAAAGUUUUUAAUAUAAAUCCUAGCUCUUGUAAUCUUAUAGUCUUACUUUUGUUUCUUAUGAAAACAGUGCUACAUCCUUUUCUUUUUUCUGACAGACUGCUUACAUUACAUUACUGUUAGAAUUUUUUUUUUUUUUUUUUUUUAAAUAUCCCAGCUCAGGUAUGAUGUGCCAGCUUGUGAAUGUGUUUUUGUUUUUGUUUUUUUCUUUUCUUACAGAAAGAGUGGUAGGACAUGUCAGACUGUCAACGAAAUAAAGGGAGCACAAUCCCUUAUUAUUAUUAUUAUCAUUAUUAUUAUUAUUAUUAUUAUUAUUAUUGAGCAAGUAAGUACCCAGACGUUGUACAGAUUUUUCUUCAAAUGUGCCAAACAUUCACAUUCACUCGGGAUGUCGUAGUCUUAAUUUCCAAUGCUGCAAAAAAGUCUUAUACAAUCAAAGUUCUUUUCUAUCUGAUGAGAUGGGUUCCUACUCAGUAACUGCUCCCACCCUGGCCCAAUCACAGGCAGAGCUCAGGGAGGACACGUUUUAAUCACACUCGCUCAGUCUCUCACACACACACACACACACACACACUUGGUGUCGCUCUCUCUGCCAGGCCCUCCGGCUUCGAUUCAGAGGAGCAGCAUCGAAGGCGCCCGUGCCUCUGUUUCACUGCAUUGGUGCUUUCAUAAACCACAUCGCCGGUAGAUUCUCGAGGCCAAACACUUGUGCAGUUAAGUGCAGUGCAGUACCAGCAUUGGAGUCUGUCCAUUUAAAUCAGCCUAGAUAUUUUCAGCUUAAUUUCACUUUAAGAAUUCCCGAGUCUUAAAAGUGCUCCUUAAGCUCUGCUCUCUCAGCGUCGUAGGAAAGGGGACGAAGCAUCCCCAGGAUGACCCAACUGUAGGACGAGAGAUUCUAGUAUACUGGAUCCCUUCACUGUAUUGUGUUUUGAAUCGGUACAAAAAUGUACAAAAUGUUACUAUUUUUAUUAGCUUGUUUAUUUUUAAAUGUGUUCUUAGCAUCACGUGGGAGAGACAGGCCAACUGGUGUUUUUAAAAAAAAAGAAUUUAUAUAGUUGCAAAAAAAAAAUGGGAUUAAUAGGUCUGUCGUUUCAGAAGGGUACUUUUUUCUACAUUGCAUGUAUAUUUUGGAGACGAGUAAAUUAUUAAGAGGAGAGUGGAGGAGGGAGAACGGUGCAAAAUUAUCAAUCAGCCUCUCAGACACAGCCUCCCCAGUCAGAGCACACACACAAGCUUUUAUUUUUUUUCCACAGUCUGAAGCGCGAUGCUCCUGUUCUGACGCGGCCCGGCAGCCAGCACCACGCUGAGCGCACAUGCUUUUUUUUUCUUCCGUUUCCCUCAAAUGUCACAUUCUUUCGCCGAAGACACGUUAUAUUUUUACUUUGUCUCUCUUUGCUGCAUUCUUUGCAAUUUUGAACAUGUUUCCAUUUUCCAAACCUGUGACCUCGGGUAGUUUCUGGGUGCGCUGUUUAGCUGCUUCAUGUGUCUCCUGAUUUCAGACUUUUCUCGAUGACCAUAUCUGGCAGUUUUUACUUGGAAAAGCUUCACAAGCUGGGACUGAACAUUGAUUUUUAACUUGCAUUACAGGAAAAAAAAAAAGAAAAAAAAAAGAAAAUAAUGUCUCAUACAUUUCUGUUAAUGUCAUACACAUCCUAAGCACUGGAUAUAAAUUCUAUGUUUUUGUUUUAGUAUUGACUAAUGUGAAGGUGUUAUUUGAUUUUAAACAUGAUAAUUAGAACAGUCAACAGUCACAGUUUUGUAGCCUCGUACACACCAGGCACCGGUAAAUUGCCAUUUGGUUAAAAUCAUUUCAUUUAUUUAAGUCAAUUUUGUUGCCGCAGCUCUAGUGCCGCCUAAAGAGGUCACACCACCUCUGAUCUCUUUCAAAGGUAACCUCAUGCUCUUGUCAGUUGUGACCUGCAGAGGCAGAACACAAGUUUCCUGGUCGCACACAUUUUUUUUUUUUUUUCUUUUUGUGAUGAGUAUUGUAUUUGAAAUUCAAUUGUGCGUUUUAACAUUUCAUUGUAUUUAUUAGCCAGCUUUGGCUCUAAAAUGUGUCAGUACAACUUGGUGAGAAAGACAAUCAAAAAAAAUAUAUAUAAAUAAAAAAAAGUAAAGACUUGAGAUUUUCCUUACAAA